AUGUCUUCUUUUGGCUGCCAAGUGUGCGGAGCAGACAUGGCUACUGCCCGAAUUCGCAUUUCAGGCGAGCCGCCAAGCGCAGCCUGGACGUGGGAAGGGGCCGAUUAUGUAGGUUUCUCUGCCUUCACGGAUUUUUACGGACUUGUCGUCGCAGACCAAGAAUGCCAGCAAUGCACUUUCGAAGAUCGGACUCUGCCCGAAUUUCAGACUACAGCGGAAACUACUGUGUGGCCAGAUCACGAAGAUGACGCUGAAUGGCUGCCCGAUUGUCACUCUGAUAGUGAUAGCGAACCCCUUGAAUACAACUCAGAUUCAGGAGCGGGAGAUUUUGACUGCCGGUCAUCAAGCGAAAGAGAUUUCUACGAUGACCCUCGCAACAGCGACAACGAUAGCAGUGAGCAAGAUGGAAAAAACCACGAAGGUAUAGACACACAGUAUCCUCUCUCCGAGCUAGCUGAUCCCAAGCCACCCGAACGGCUCCCUCAUGGAUCGUGGCACGACGGGAGUAUCUACUACGGGGGCGAUUGCCACCGUCCAAACAGACGGUAUUUCGGCUCUGCUUUCUGGAGGCUCAAAGCUCCCCCUGAACACAUUGCGGCGUCCUCCUGCCAAAAUGUCCAAGGCAUCAACGGGCAUGCCCUGAGUCUGACACAAAUGAAGAACUGCCGAAAUAUCCGCUUUUUGAUACCGAAGCCAUCCAACUGGACGCUAGAAGCCAGUGACCAGCUUCUCGAGGAGAGUAGCCUCUUCUAUCUCUCUGGAGAGACAAACGGCUCGAAUGCAUCUGCGGGCGGGAUGUUCCGUGCUUGGCGGCCCUUUUAUCCAGUGCGGCACGGCCUGCAAGAACUGCGUAUGGACUGGCUAAACGUUGGAGAAGGCUGUAACGCAUACGAAGGAUUAUUUCCCCUCCCAGUUCACUCUUAUUGCCUUGAUAUCUAUGCUAAACUGUCCUACCGCCGGCUGGGACGGGUCGACCUGGACGGACUUUGGCAUUGGCGUGAGAUACAGAGUGAUCCGGACUCGUACGGGAUGGCGAAGGGAGUUCAGAUACGGCGAGCAGAAGUCGAACGAGCCCGCGAGAGCUGGGAUCAGCCAUGGCGCCACCUCGCUGGCGACGAGUGGCUCGCCGCAAAUCCUGUUGAGGUCCCAGGCGUCUUCCGAGCUCUAGAGGCCUGCUUGAGCCCAGCGAUUCCAGAAGAUCGAGGUAGGCAGUCUGGUGCAUACUUCUUGAGUCUUCCCACUGAACUCCUUGGCCUUGUUCUCUCUUUUCUUGAUCCGAGAGAUCUAGAUACGGUGGCGUAUACUUACCGCACGCUCUCUGAGUGCACGCAACCAUUCUUCAGAGCAUUUAUCACCAAGGACAUGCCUUGGUUCUGGGAACUUUUCGAAAGGAGUCAGUACCCGACAUCACCUGAUCGGCCAUCAACGUGGGAUCCCCUUUGCCCAACUGGCUUGGUCCCUCCUCCGCUCCCUGCGGGUCUUGAGAGCGAGGAAGCUGAAGACGCUAUCUGGGCGCAAAUCAUCGCGGAGGAUCCAGAGAUGGAGAAUGCUGCCAAUGUUAUCAAAGCCACCAGCCGCUUGCGUCGGGAAGAGAUUCUCGGGCCAUAUCGUGCGAGCCAAGAAACGUCGCUUUACGAAUGGCGAAGCUUCCGCGCUGGCGUAGAAGCGUGGAUCCGUCGUCCACAGACAGGAAUCAGCUCUGAAAAGGAGAACAUGAACUGGAGGCACAUCUGGCGGCUGUUUAAUCCUACCACGACGCACUGUUCGGGAGUGCGAAAUCGCGCCCGUAUCUGGAGCGAUUGCGAAAAAAUACUCGAUUAUGUUGCCUUGGCGCAUCGGACAGGUGGAAUUGAGAGCAACGCUGAAGCUUUGAGUACGAAGCUUUCUGAACGAUUGGGGUGGGAUGAAAAUGGUAGCGCACACCUAUAG